GGACCUGCAGGAAAUGGUCAAUGCUGACAAGACUGGGGAUUUUCAUGAUGUGGAUUCAGUAUCUAUAUCAGCCAUUUCCGAAAUCCUGAGGAAGCAUAAAGUCACCUACAAGGUUCUGGACAAAAUUCCUGCUGGGAGAAAUAAACCCAAAGUUAUUGAGAGGAGGUUCGCCUAUGUCCUCGAAUUCCUCAUGGCAGAAACUGCGGACCAUCCAAGGAGGGCUACCGUCUCCGUGCCCGACUCCAAGGGCCGGAAUAUUACCCUAAUCAUGGCCAUGGAGGAAGAAGGGAUCGUCCAUAAGUCUGUGUCCUUGAAAUCGCACUCCAUCGGGAACAUGAAGCCAAGCACAACGGAUCAGCUCGUUCGUACCAUAUGCGAGAGUAUUGAACUCAUCGACUCCAAGAUAUGCAAAUCUGCUGUGUCACACUCAAAGUAUUUCUUUGAUGCUUGUCUACGAAAGCUGCCCAUCCUAAAUUCUGCGCCAGUGGCUAAGCUGUAA